AUGGCUUGUGAGGGUGGUCAACAUUCUCUGCCUGCGGGGACAACUAUGCUUGAAAGGUUUAAGGUUAUGGAUCAUGAAAUGGAGAACUGCAUGACAACACUUCGCUCUUUUAUCAAGUAUCAGUACUUUAGAUUGAUAUAUUCAAGUGUAAUUACUUCACAGCAUCUGGAGGUUAGGGAGAAGCAAUACGACAAGAGAGAAUACCUUGAUUUUUACACUGACCCUAAUGCUACUUCUCCAGCCGUUACUGGAGUGUUGGUAUAUAUAGCUACUUCGGACAAGAAGUCUAACGUAAAUUAUUUGGGCCCUGCAUCUGUUGAAGAGAUUGCAAGGCAAAUAGUUGAGGCUAAAGGUCCCGCAGGACCAAACAGAGAUUAUCUUUUCAUCCUUGAAAAGGCUCUUCUACAAAUUGGAUGCAAAGACCAGCAUGUCAUUGAUCUUGCAAAUGAAGUCAGGCGUAUUCUUGCAGAGGAACACUGAAUGCUGCAUUGUGUUUUUAAUUUAGCACAACAUUGAAAUUUGAGACACUGAACUGCCCUAUAUUUAAAUCCAUAGGAAACUUCAUUUCUUCCAAGAAUGUUACUAGUAUGUUGGAAGAGAAUAUUCAACUCAAAUUGUGUCUGUAAUCUUCUCAUAUAACAUCUUUACUUUGUGACCCAUAUUAUGGGUCAGCUAAGAUAGAACUGAAACCAUAUUGUGAUAAUUAUUUAAUAUAAUAACAGGGGUCCGAUUACAGUGCCA